CCACCCUAGACCAUGGCCAAGUUCGUCCGUAACUUCGCGGAGAAGGCCCCGGCGCUAGUAAGCGCUGCCGUGACUUACUCGAAGCCUCGAUUGGCCACAUUUUGGUACUACGCCAAGGUUGAACUGUUUCCCCCAACCCCUGCUGAAAUCCCUGCAGCUAUUCAGAGUGUGUAAAAAAUAAUUCAAAGUGCUAAAACUGGUAGCUUCAAACAGCUUACAGUUAAGGAAGCUGUGCUAAAUGGUUUGGUCGCCACUGAGGUGUGGAUGUGGUUUUAUAUCGGAGAGAUCAUAGGCAAACGUGGCAUCGUUGGCUAUGAUGUUUGAAGACUGAUCUUUAACAUCUGAUUUUAUUUGAGUUUUUAUUUGAGUGUUCUUGGACCACAUGUGAUGAGACUGCUAUCUUAAUAAAAUACUAGCUGUCCAGUAA